CUUUGUUCAGUUCCUUCUUCUGCAGAGAUGGGGAGAUAAAAAGUUGUAUAUCAGAGCUGCUGCUCCUCCUGUUCAGUACCCACUCAGGGAGGCUGAAUCUACACUGAGAGCAUCGUCUCAUCCACGUCACCAUGAAGCUGCUGGCUGUGUCUGCUUUGGUCUGUGCUGUGGUGGUUCUGACCAACGCUGCUGCAUACCGCGAUCUGUUCAAGAGGCAGUCCGGGGAGUGGACCACCAUUGGGGAUCGCCAGUACCUCUAUGUUGACAUUCAACAAACCUGGCAUAAAGCAGAGCAAAACUGCGCCCAGCUGGGUGGUAAACUGGCAUCUGUGCAUUCACAGAAAGACAACCAGGAGCUCGGCCUGCUGAUAACCAGAAUGACUGGUGGGAAGCCCAUAGUUUGGCUCGGAGGCACUGACCAGCAUCAGGAAGGUAAUUGGGUCUGGAGUGAUGGAUCUGUUUUCAACUACAAAAACUGGUGCUGGAGAGAGCCAAACAACGACUGGAAUCAGGACUGUCUGCAGAUGAAUUACGGCUCUGACCAAUGCUGGGAUGAUGAUCAGUGCAAUGAAUAUCGUUCCUCCAUCUGUUCCAAGCCCAAGUAACCGUGAACACGAGCCAACGCCAUGGAGGAUGGUGAAGACACGGCAGUCUAAUUUGACCCUGAGCUCUAUAUCUGAUCAUUCUCUCUACUUUUCUUUUUUGCCGUCACGCUGACAAGGAAUGAAGCAACAAGUAACAUCGCCGCAAGCUGGAUGGUCUCUGAGGCCCUGGGGGGUUCAGACUGGACGGGUUAUAGAAAGGAUGUUUCAUGCCGAAACUUUUCUUCUUUACUGAUCUUUCUUACUGUGCAAAAUAAAAAACGCUUCAAGCAUUCACAA